CAGUCCCCUCCAUCUGGCCCCAGUGUGUGUGGUGGGCGCCAUCCCUGCCCUCCAUGUGUGCUCAUUGCUGUGUGCAGGAGUGGAGGUGCCCUGGGGACCCUGUAGGGGAUGUGUAUUGUGGGGCCCUGGUGACCUCUGCACUUGCAUGCUGACGGAACCCCUCUCUCCCUGUCCUUGCAGACCCCAGGAAGCACCAUGGCUCGAGCACUCCAGGAGGGCAGCUCCCCGGAGCCCGUAGAGGGCCUGGCCCGAGAUGGCCCUCGCCCCUUCCCGCUCAGCCGCCUGGUGCCCUCUGCUGUGUCCUGUGGCCUCUGCGAGCCCGGCCUGCCCGCCGCCCCCGCUGCCCCUGCCCUGCUGCCAGCUGCCUACCUCUGCGCCCCCACAGCCCUGCCCGCUGUCACUGCUGCCCUAGGGGGCCCCCGCUGGCCUGGGGGUCCCCGCAGCCGCCCCCGAGGCCUGCGCCCAGACGGUCCUCAGCCCUCGCUCUCGCCCGCGGAGCAGCACCUGGAAUCGCCGGUGCCCAGCGCUCCGGGGGCCCUGGCGGGCGGCCCCACCCAAGCAGCCCCGGGAGUCCGGGGGGAGGAGGAGCAGUGGGCCCGAGAGAUCGGGGCCCAGCUGCGGCGAAUGGCGGACGACCUCGACGCACUGUAUGCGCGGCGGAGACAAGAGGAGCAGCAGCAACACCGCCCCUCGCCCUGGAGGGUCCUGUACAAUCUCAUCAUGGGACUGCUGCCCUUACCCAGGGGCCGCGGAGCCCCGGAGAUGGAGCCCAAUUAGGUGCCUGCACCUGCCCUGUGGACGUCGGGGACUUGGGGGGCAGGACCCUCCCACAUCCUGACGCCCUGGCCAGAGCAGGGGACAUUUUCUGCACCAUGUAGCAUACUGGACUACCAGCCCUGCCUGUCCCAGGGGCGGGCCAGGGCAGCCACUUCAGUCCCAGCCCCGGCCUAGCCUGGGGUGCACUGACGGAGACGUGGACUCCUGGGUCCCUGGCUGAGAAGCCAGGGGAGAGAGGGCUGAUGGACUCAGCGUCUGAAGGCGGCGGUGACCGAGAGGGUCGGGACUGAGCCGCCCGCCUCUGCCGCCCACCACCAUCUCAGGAAAGGCUGCUGGUGCUGGCUGCCCGUUCCAGCUGCAGGGGUGACACUGGGGGGGUCUCCCGCCCAGUGCUCCUUCACUUUGGGUCUGGCCUCAGGCCCCUGGUGCUUCCCCCCCUCCUCCUGGGGAGGGGGCCUGUGAAGAACAAAUGAGCCAAACGUGACCACUAGCCUCCUGGAGCCAGAGAAUGGGGUGCGUCUGAUGGCUGCCCCAGCCCAGCACCCAGCCAUCUUCCCUGAGCCGGCGGGUGGUGGGCAUGCCUGCCUCACCUUCAUCUGGGGGUGGCCAGGAGGGGCCCAGACUGUGAAUCCUGUGCUCUGCCCGCGACCACCCCUCGCCCCAUCAAUCCCAUUGCAUAGGUUUAGAGAGAGCACGUGUGACCACUGGCAUUCAUUUGGGGGGUGGGAUAUUUUGGCGGAAACCGCCCCAGCCUUAGUCCCCAGGGCGAAGCGCUGGGGGGAAGAUGGGGAGUCAGGGAGGGGGGAAUCUCAGAAGAGGGAGGAGUCUGGGAGCGGGGAGGGAUGGCCCAGCCUGUAAAUUCCUGUAUAUGCGCUGCUGUAGAUACCGGAAUGAAUUUUCUGUACAUGUUUGGUUAAUUUUUUUUGUACAUGAUUUUUGUAUGUUUCCUUUUCAAUAAAAUCAGAUUGGAACAGUG